AUGGACCCUUUCAGCGUGGCCGUAGGUGUCGUCGCCGUCUUCAAAGACACAUAUAUAACGGUCAAGUUCAUCAAGAAAACGGUCCAGACUAUGAAGGGCCAUGCUGAUGAGCAAUCGGAACUCUUGACACGGUACACCAUCCAGAUCUAUCGUCUCAGGAACUUGUCGCGGCUUUUCAGCGACGGAAACACUGUGGACAUGAAACUUUUGGAAACGAUUCCGAAGUUAUACCUUGAGCUAUUGAACGACGUGUUGAUGAGGCUGCAAAAGAUUCUGGAGAAGUAUGCCAAGCUUGCCGCAAACCUCGACGAUGACUAUCGGCGCUUUUCCCCUCUUAGUCCUGAUUGCAAAUCGGACCCUGAAAAUUUGCAGAUUGAUGAUGAUAGCACGGACAUCAAGUCCAAAGAUCCCACUUCGAAUAUCGAUAGUAAUGUUUCAAUUCAUUCUUUUGCGAAGCCGAAAUGGUGGCAUUUCCCAGUCUUCCGGCGCGGCAUCGUAAGAUCUUCUCAACCAUCAAAGAAGCAACUUCUUUGGAGCAACCUCCCAGCCGGAGUUCAAUGGGCCUUCCAGAAGAGUGAAUUAUUCAAAACCCUUCAUGAGCUCGAGGACUGGAACAAGCAGCUUGAAGAACUGGUCGCCCAACUGCUAUCUUGUUUCGGUUUCUACGAACACAACAGAAAUCUACAAUAUCGACUCCACAACGAUGGUAACGAUGAUUUCCCAGUGAAUCUCUUUCAACGGCAUGUUAGCUUGAACAAGUCAACCAAGGAGAACCUUCUCAGCAUAUCAACGAAGGAUGACGAUGACAACCUCGUCUCAUGUGAGAUUGCAGAGGCCAAAGCUUCCGAGCCAAGAGUUUUGGUAGAGUUCAAACAGCUUAUCACCCUGCCUAGUCAAGAGAAUGAGUUACACAUUGGCCACAGGGACGCAGCUCGUCGAAAAGAGGAGUUGUAUGGAAAACAACUGGCUCGUCUUCUUCACAUUGCAGGACAGAAUUCCUUUCGCACACUGCAACUCAACUCAUAUGCUUGGGAUGCUGAGAAAGCUCAGUACAUGUUUCUUUUCAACUACCCAGCAAAUGCAUCCAGUCACAAGCCGAAGAGUCUCAACGACUUAAUAUUAUCCAAGGACUUUCAGCACGACAAGCUGGAACUUGGCGAUCGUUUCUACGUUGCACAUACUAUAGCCAGUGCUGUCGGCAUCUUUCACUCGGAUGGAUGGCUUCACAAAAGCAUUCGGUCUCAUGCAAUCAAGUUCUUCUUUAUGAAGAAAGAACCUAAGAUCUUUUGUGACUUCAAAAGCCCAUACCUAACGGAUUUCGAGUUCUCACGGCCCGUUGGAGGAGUCACGCGGCUAAUUCAGCAGGCUUUUGAUCCGGAUUAUGAGGUAUAUCGUCACCCAGAUCGCCAUGGACUGCCGAACACCAGUUAUAUCAAGAUGCAUGAUAUUUACUCAUUAGGCGUUGUUCUACUUGAGAUUGGACUUUGGCAAACGGCUAGAGAUACCUAUGAUGAGGUUGCGGAGCCUGGUCCCAACGGCAAGGUCUCGAUAGACCCGUAUGAGCUGAAGGAAAUAUUCUUGCAAGAUGCCAGAGAACGAUUACCGCAUCGAAUGGGAAAGGCUUACCAAGAAGCCGUGAUUGCGUGUCUAGACGGAAAUUGGGACCAUUUAACGUCUGAGAGUGCUUUGGGGGAAGAGUUUCUCCGACAAGUGGUGCGGAAGGUUGACAUCAAAGCUUUUGCGGGGUAG